AUGGGCUUUCAAUACAAGCAGGUACUCAUGAUUGGGGGCACAUCCGGGAUCGGCGCUGCCAUGGCAGACCGCCUGGUUCAAGAGGGCUCCAAAGUCAUCGUGGUCGGUCGAAGACAAGAUCGAAUCGAUGCAUUCGUGCAGAAACACGGAAGCACCAAGGCUGGAGGGAUCAAGUUCAAUAUCAGUGACCUCGAACGAAUCGACGACUUCUUCUCCAGGGCAACACAAGCAUAUCCAGACAUUGACUGUGUAUUUCUCAAUGCCGGGACCCAAUUUCCCAUCACUCUAGCACAGCCAGACAAAGUCAACCUCGAGGUCUUUCAUAUGCAGAUGAUGGUGAAUUUCACCGCUUUCGUCGAUAUCACGAUGAAGUUCCUUCCAUUUUUGAUGAGCAAGAAAUCCGAAACCAGUUUGAUCUACACUUCGUCCAACAUUGCCAUCGUUCCAGCAUCGGGCCUUUCAGCAUAUUCAGCCUCCAAAGCGGCGCUUAAUGCCUUCAUUCUGUGUCUUCGUGACGAGCUCAGACUUUCCACAGUGAAAGUUAUUGAGUUGUCUCCACCUGUGGUCCAGACCGAAAUACACGACUACAUGGACCCCGAGACAGGUCGAAAGCUAGGAAUGCCGAUCGAUUCCUUCACAGAUGCAGCAUUUGAAGGCCUUGCGUCGGGCAAGGACCAGAUAGUCAUUGGUUCAAUUGGCCCAGCAGACACGUUCAAUGAGAUCGUUGACAAACGGCGUGCGGCAUUUGAGAAUCUUGCGAAGAUGAUCAGGGGCGAGACCUAG